UUUCGCUGUUUUCGCCUUGUUCUUCGAAUUCAGGUAUUUUUUGCUUGCCGAGUAGAAGCCUAUAAUACAUCGGAUACAGCCUCUAGGGACGUUUAUGAGAAGAGCAUUUUUCCUUGGCUCAAAAAUCGAGAACAGAAUAAUUAUAGAAAAACGGUGAUUUAUUUGAACCUACACUCGGAGGGUUUUCGGUCUCAGUGGGGCACCGUAUAAAAACGAAUGUCAUAAUUGGAUUUAUUAUCUGCAAGGAAGCAGCAGAAGCAAUAAGAAGAGCAGAGGAAGUCUGCUAUUAGACAACGACGAGCCGUGUCAAGGUCACCAAGAGGACUGGAGAAAAAAAACGGAACUCGGAUAGUCGCCGUGGUUGACCUUGUUCUCGCACCGAAGAGGACGUGGAUACCAUUAUCGUGCCGUUCCUCGUGUUUUAUUGGGGGACCAUUGAAAAAUUCCACCGAAUAGUAUGGCUUCGGUCGCCGCUUGGUUGCCAUUUGCACGGGCGGCGGCCAUCGGGUGGGUCCCAAUAGCCUCCCAUCCACUCCCAGCACCGCCGGUGUUCAAGGACCGCCUCCGAUCAGAAGACGAGAAGCUAAUCAUAAACGUUUCCGGACGAAGAUUCGAAACGUGGCGAACGACCGUUGAAAAGUAUCCCGACACCCUAUUAGGCUCGAACGAGAGAGACUUCUUCUACGACGAAGAUAGCAAAGAGUAUUUUUUCGACCGUGAUCCGGACAUAUUUAGGCACAUAUUAAAUUACUACCGCACUGGUAAGCUGCACUACCCUCGACACGAGUGUUUGCUCAGUUACGAUGAGGAAUUAGCAUUUUUCGGAAUCAUGCCGGACGUGAUUGGAGACUGCUGCUACGAAGACUACCGGGAUCGGAAGCGAGAGAAUGCCGAACGACUGAUGGACGACAAACUGUCGGAGAAUAGUGAUAAUAAUCUGCAACAGCUUACCAACAUCAGACAACGGAUGUGGCGAGCAUUCGAGAAUCCACACACUUCCACUGCCGCCCUCGUGUUCUACUAUGUAACGGGCUUCUUCAUUGCUGUAUCUGUGAUGGCCAACGUCGUCGAGACGGUUCCCUGUGGGUUACGGCCGGGCCGAGCCGGAACGUUAUCCUGCGGCGAACGGUACAAGAUCGUAUUCUUCUGUCUGGAUACGGCCUGCGUGAUGAUCUUCACAGCGGAAUAUCUGCUUCGGUUAUUUGCCGCACCGUGUCGGUGUAAAUUUGUGCGGAGUGUUAUGAGUAUAAUCGAUGUGGUCGCCAUCCUGCCCUACUAUAUCGGUCUGGGUAUCACCGACAACGACGAUGUGUCCGGUGCGUUUGUAACGUUACGAGUGUUCCGUGUGUUCCGAAUCUUCAAGUUUUCCCGCCACUCGCAAGGUCUGCGGAUUCUCGGCUACACGCUGAAAUCGUGCGCUUCCGAGCUGGGCUUCCUGGUGUUUUCGCUGGCGAUGGCCAUCAUCAUCUUCGCCACGGUGAUGUUCUACGCCGAGAAGAACGUGGACGGUACGAAUUUCACCUCCAUCCCGGCGGCGUUUUGGUAUACAAUUGUCACGAUGACAACGUUAGGUUACGGCGACAUGGUGCCAGAAACAAUAGCCGGUAAGAUCGUGGGAGGUGUCUGUUCCCUGAGCGGUGUGUUGGUCAUCGCGCUACCCGUACCUGUAAUUGUGUCCAACUUUAGCCGCAUCUACCACCAGAACCAGCGGGCGGACAAGCGGAAAGCACAGCGGAAAGCACGUCUCGCACGAAUACGAAUAGCGAAAGCGGGCGCUAGUGCGGCGUUCGCGAGUAAGAAGAAGGCUGCCGAAUCGCGGCUAGCGGCGCAGGAGUCUGGAAUCGAACUGGACGACAACUACAACGAUGAAGACAUCUUCGAGCUACAGCAUCACCAUCUGUUAAGAUGUUUAGAGAAAACUACGGACCGGGAGUUUGUCGAGCUAGAGACUCAGUACAACGGCCAAACGAAGCGGCCCGGAUCGCCGUCACCGAUGGCCAGCCCCUCUCACUCAGCCAACACGACUACAGGUGCAACCGGGUUGCUGCAGUCCUGCUGUGGUCGGUGCUGCUCCCAGCGGUAUCAGCCAAAUCUAUAAUUGGACUUUCAGAUACAGAACUACACUUCGGCGAACCAAUGAUGUCAGGAGGACGACAUCCCGCUGCGGGAGAGGAAAAAGUCGUAAUAGAUUCCGGAGGCCACCGAACCCCCAGCGGACGGCGGAAACCAGUUUGAGUGAGCUCAUCAUCCGAUUUUUGAUCCCAGCCUAGGAACGGUCCAUCCAUCCAUCCGGUCAUGGUCCUCGCAUAAUCCGUCAUCAUCCGUACAUCCAUACCUCGAAGCCGGAAUGUUCCUCUCCAGCAGCGAUAUCGGUCAUUCUGUCACACGAACUUUCCAGUGCCGCGCCGCCAUCAAGCCAGCCAAUGUGUCCAACUGUGGGUCCUUAGCGGUUGUGUGAACCCACCCACCAGAACCUCACAAACAUAACAAUGCAUCAGUCGUCAUCAUUACCAUAGUAGAAUAUUAUCAGCACGCCAACAACGGUCGUCACAUUCGUCGGGUGCUCAUCGUUUCAUCGUUCGCCAUUCGUCCCGCAACGUCGCAACUCCUGGGCAACAACACUAAUUUAAUUUAGCAUUAAUUAACAAAUUAUAGAUGUACAGUGUUAUUCUCUCCGCCCAGAGGAGGUGGAUUUUUCAAAACAGAAACGGAAUGCUGCAGAUGGGAGCAUAAAAUAAGUAUGAAACAAGAAAACAUAGGCUAUAGAUAUAACCAACCAGGAAACGUGUAUGGUAAACAAAUUUUAGGGUAGCAAUUGAAUUUAAAUUAUUAACUGAAACCAAGGAAAACCUAGUCGAGGAACCGUUACCACGUAGAGAAAACGAAUACUACACACUACAUCUACUACACCUAACUAUCUAAUGCUACUAUCACUUACUACGUACCCUGAUUUCCCGUGGAAAGGACCCGUCGUCAUUAGUGAAGAAAAGAGAGACAAUGAUAGCAAACCAGCUUUAAUAAACACGACCAUUUUUAUUUUUUAUGUUUGA